UGUUGAUUUGGCAGUGGCCGUUAUCUUACAGAGAUAUAAAUUGAACAAACGAUAAAUUCUUAUCGAAGAGCUUCCUUCAGAGUUUUGGUCAGUUGGUGCUACAGUUGAAUAGCAGUAGGAACUAAGGAAGUAGAUUGAUUCAUAAGCCAACCUAUCUCCAAUAUACACUUCGAAGUUGUAAGGAAGCGUGGAAAUGUCAUUCGUCAUAUCACCUGCUCUUUCUGAUUGUGAGAGCUCUGAUACGUUAGGAUUUGAAGACAUAGUACAAACUGGAGAUGAGACUACCAGAAUGGCCGAUCCUGUGAAUUUUCAUGUAGUUAUGAAACCAGUUGAGCGAACAGCCUCAUCUGUUUGUGAGGACUACAACGAACGUCAAAAAUCCAAUUGUGGAGACUCAAGUGAAAGUCAAGUAUCCAAUUGUGAGGAUUCCAAUGAACGUCAAGUUUCCAAUCGUGAGGACUCCAAUGAACGUCAAGUUUCCAAUCGUGAGGACUCCAAUGAACGUCAAGUCUCCAAUCAUGAGGACUCAGAUGAGUAUCAAGUUGAAGAAUUGGAUAAUCCUGACAGUGUGAUAUUUGAAGAAAGAUUCUAUCGUUUACUGAAAGGAGACAUCGCUAGUGAUUGUAAAUUCGUAGUUGGUCCCCAAAAAAAUAUUGUUGAAGGGCAUAAAUUGAUAUUUUCAAUGGCGAGUGAAGUUUUCUAUGCAAUGUUUUACAGUCAACUCAAGGAAGAUUCAAUUGUGAGAAUAGAAGACGUGCAGCUCGAUGGCUUUCUGGGAAUGAAACAUUUCAUUUAUACUGGUCAUGCCAAUUUCAAAUCAGUUCUCCAGGCAAGUUCAACGUAUGUGGCUGCGAGAAAAUAUCUUAUCUCUCAACUGAGUUCAGAAUGCCUCGAAUACAUUGAAAACAUCGAGAUUCUACCAUCUGAGGUGCUGGAGUUGUAUGAAUAUUGUAUUGUUAAUGAAAUUCCAGAAUUGGAAGAAAAAUGCAGAAUACUCAUUCAAGAAAAAACUGGAGAAGUAGUAGAAAGCGAUCAUUUUUUAACGGCCAAUGCGGGUACUAUUCUUAUGUUGCUAGGAUUAGAAUCACUUCAUCUAGAGUCCGAGCAAGAAGUUUUCUAUCAUUUAGAAAGGUGGGCGACAGCAGAAGCUGAACGUCUAGAUAUUAGUGCAGAGCAAAUGUAUUCAUAUUUCAAUUCCCUUAAAAAACACAUCAGAUUCUUGUCAAUGGAUGGAGAGGAGUUCACUUCAGGACCUGCUAAGUCUUUGUUGCUUUCACAAGAAGAAAAGCUCAGCAUUCUAUUCAAUAUCAUGGAUCCCAAUUCGAUACCAAUGCCAGACUACUUUGAUACCCACUGUUCACAGAAACGGAAUUUUAAAGUACCUUUCAGCAAUGAGUCGAAAGAAUCACUUUCAUCCUUCGAAAAGGAAAACAGUUUUUUAGAUCAAGAUAAAUUCAAAUUUUUACUAUCCGGUGGUAUUGUAUGUGAUUGUGAGUUCAUUGUCGGUCCUCAACAGAAUAUAGUGAAAGGACAUAAGUUGAUAUUUUCCAUGGCUAGUAAAGUUUUCCAAAACCAGUUCCACAAACAACGUGAAGAAGGUUGUAAAAUCAAGAUAAAUGACGUGGAACUCGAUGGAUUUGAAGGGAUGAAACACUAUAUUUAUACUGGUCGUAUCAAUUUCAAAACUGCAAUGCAGGCCUGCUUUACUUACAUUGCUUCACGGAAAUUCUGGAUUCCCCAGCUUGGCGCAAAAUGUAUCAAAUAUAUCGAAGACCAAGAAAUUCCUCCUUCAGAAGUAUUAUCGCUGUAUGAAUAUUGCAGAGACAGAGAGAUUCCAGACAUUGUUGAAAAAUGUAUCCAAAUUAUUCAGGAGGAAACUGGAGAUGUUUUUGAGAGUCAACACUUUUCAUCCGUUCAUAUGGAUACUAUAGAUAAAAUAAUGAGUUUUCAAAAAUUGAAGUUGAAAUCAGAAAUUGAGCUAUUCACUUACUUUGAAAUAUGGGCUCUUGCUGAAGCCAAAAGAUUAAGACUGAGUGAUAAGGAAAUAGCAACGAACUUCAACAACCUUAAAAAUCACAUACGCUUUCUGACAAUGAAGGCAAAUGAAUUUGCAAAAGCUACAGCGUCGUCAUUGUUGCUAACAGAGGAGGAGAAGCUCAACAUUGGACUCAACGUCAUCAAUCUUGGCUCAGCACCGUAUCCAGCAAACUUGUCAUUAUCACAGCAAGAACGCGAUUUCUCAGCACUCAAAACAAUCAAGUCUAAACACAUAAAUUAUUUCAAAAUAUUAUGUUCUGAAUCGUUUCCAACACCAUAUUGUUGCUACGGGUCAUGUGAAGCCUAUUGUUUCUCAUCAUUCGAUUGCGGAUUUGAAAUAAACGUAUUCAAAUGCAAAGGUAACAUCUGUUUUAGGCUGCUUCCAGUUGAAUUUACUGGGCAAUACUUGUUUGUUUUGAAAACUAAGCUCAGAGUGAUAGCAAUUGAUAAGAAGUACGACGAUCUUGUAUUUGAAACAACGUGCAGUUUCGGAUUCGAUGAAGAAUUGGGUGAAUUCUCGGGUGGAUCCGGCAGAUUUGAUAUUUUUGUAGCUGUUAUUCCCUGGGAUAAAAUCAACAGAUCAUGCUUCAUAGAUAAAAAAAAUGAUGAAAUUAUGAUUGAAGGUUCAUUUGUCUUGGAGGCAUUAGAUGAGUGAUUGAGAGAGCCUGAAAACUACAGUAUCUGAACUCAAUCUACUACUGUGGUAGCAUUAUGAAGAUUCGAUUCAUCUCAUCUCAAUCAAAUUGAAAGAGUUUAGCAAAAUGUAAUUCAAUCUAUCUAUUGAAUCAAAUAGUUUCCCAAUCCCAUAUACAAUAAUCUUAUGUUUAUUGUCUUCUAUGGCAAAUACUGUUGAUAAUAUAUAGUUACUGUAUUAGGAGCGAAGCUGUCUCGUCAAAAGUGGAAGUUGUUAUGUUUAUGAAAAGAAUAAACUUGUGUUAAUAUCAUA